AUGAAGUUUACAUUGGCAUUCAUGCUGCUUGCAUCUUUCUGUGCUUUGGCAUGGUCUCGAUCAGUUAGUGUAGAAGAAGACUCAAUUGAGAGUUUAGAUAACAAUUCAAAAUCACUUGAAAUUGAGCUUCAUGGAUUGGGUCGUCUGCGUUCAAGAAGACAUUUAAGGAAGAACUCAUUAGAGGAAGACGAAAGUAAGGAAAAGAAGCAAUCAAAGGAGUCAAAGGAAUAUAAAGAGUCAAAAGAAUCUAAAGAGUCGAAGGAAUCAAAGGAAUCUAAACCAAAGAAGACGACUACAACCAAAGCUCCAAAACCUACAAAAACGACCAAACCUCCCAAAACCACAACAACUACAACAACUGAAGUACCAACAACGACUACUCCUGAGGAACAACCCACAACAACUGAAGGUUCCGUCACUGAAGACCAACCAACAACAACUGAAGGAUCUGUAACUGAGGAACAGCCCGCAACAACUGAUGGGUCCGUCACUGAACAAGAACCCACAACAACUGAAGUAUCUGUAACUGAGGAACAAUCCACAACAACUGAAGGAUCCAUCACUGAGGAACAACCCACAACAACUGAAGGUUCCGUAACUGAAGAACAGCCCACAACAACUGAAGGUUCCGUCACUGAACAAGAACCCACAACAACUGAAGGAUCUGUAACUGAGGAACAAUCCACAACAACUGAAGGAUCCGUCACUGAAGAACAGACCACAACAGCUGAAGGUUCCGUAACUGAGGAACAGCCCACAACAACUGAAGGUUCCGUAACUGAGGAACAGCCCACAACAACUGAAGGUUCCGUCACUGAAGAACAGCCCACAACAACUGAAGGAUCUGUAACUGAAGAACAGUCCACAACAACUGAAGGUUCCGUCACUGAAGAACAGCCCACAACAACUGAAGGAUCCGUCACUGAAGAACAGCCCACUACAACUGAAGGAUCCGUAACUGAAGAACAGCCCACAACAACUGAAGGUUCCCUCACUGAACAAGAACCCACAACAACUGAAGGAUCUGUAACUGAAGAACAGUCCACAACAACUGAAGGUUCCGUCACUGAAGAACAGCCCACAACAACUGAAGGAUCCGUCACUGAAGAACAGCCCACUACAACUGAAGGAUCCGUAAGUGAAGAACAACCCACAACAACUGAGCAACAAACAACAACAAUUGCUGAUCAGCUUCCAGAAGAUCUAUGCAAAGGAGUCAUCUUCAAUCAGAUUCCUAAUCCAAAUAACUGCUUCGAAUACAUUCAGUGCGUUGUUGGAAAACAAAAGGUUUUGAGCUGUCCACAGAAGUACAUUUACAACACACAAUUGAAGACGUGCUUGCCGGGCAAUCAAGUUUCUUGUAAAUUUUGUAUAUUUUGUUGA